AUGUGGAGAUUGAUAGGAAUAGCAUCGGGAUUAAGAGUGAUCUUAAUGAUGAUUUCAGUUUGAAUUUGUGGUGAAACGAUAAUUAAUUGUGGAUAUUUUGAUUAGGUUCUUGAUCGUUCUGUCAGUUAGUACGUGAAUUGAGUGCUCGGUUUUAUCCAAGUGAAGUAAGUAAAUUUAUGGUAAUGCCCGUACUGUUUUAAAAGUAUGUUUUGAUUUGUUUUUGAAGUGGUGGCGAGACUAAACCCGUUUUACACAAGUAUGAUUGAUUUGAAGUGAAAUGUUUUGUGCUUUUCAUGAAAUUGAGCAUGCCUACUUGAAAUUUAAGUGACUGUCCUGAUGAUCUGAAAGUGAUUGUGAAUUGUGAUUUUCCUGUUAACUUCUGCUUGUUUUGUCUCCGAUGUGGUCAUGUUAUUCGUGACCUUGCUAGUGGGGGAGGUUAUAAACGCUAGCACAUGUCGACAUGUUAGUGAUAGAGCCGGUUCGUUCAACCCAGCUAGUGGGGGUUAUACACCAGCAAAUCGUGGCCCUGCUAAUGGGGAUUAUACACUGGCCAUGACCUAUAGAGGAGACGUCUAUUUUGUGCCCGUACUGUAUCUAUAUUCGUGAUUGUACUUGUUGGCAUGCUUUAAGUUUGAUAAUGGGCACUCCAUGUUUUACUUAUUGAGUUUAUCUCAUAGUUUUCCUUGUCCACCAUUUCAGGAAAUGAAACCGAGGACAGGGAAACCACGGAAAGUGACGAGUUAGAAGGUUAGCUAUUUCGAGAUUGAUUUAGAUUCUAGAGAUCAUGAUCUUGUAAGCUAAAGUGUAUUUGGAGAUUUAUGAUCGGAGAAAUCUUAUAAUUUGAUCUUCAGAUUUUGAUGGUAUCAGAUUGUGGUGUGAUAAGUUCCGAGUCUUGUGCAUUUGUGGGACCCGUCUCACGAGUGUACGGCGUCUGUCGCGUCUCGAAAUUGGGUUUUGAAGUGUAACAGUUGGUUUUAGAAAUAAUUGGUUAUCAAUUGGGCUCAAUAAAUGUAAUUGAUUACAAAUUAAGUAAUGGGAUAUGU